AUGACCCGCCGGGACAAGCUGGCAUGCGUUCAUGAGCCCUUUGGCGACGCAUUCUACUACGGCCCCGAGCGAGUGGGCGAGCGGUUUGAGGACGACGCCGAGGGACGGGAGAAGUCUGGCUUCUCCAAGACAACGUACGCCGAUGUUUUGAAGCAGAUUGAGGAGGCUGGCAAAGAUAAGCGCAUCUUCAUCAAGGACAUUGCGCACUACCUCCUGCCACCCAACCAGCAAAAGGCCUCCAUUGCCCCUUCAACCGGCACCACCGCUGAGCCCGGUAACCCCACCGUCUUGCCCCUGGACGUCCUCCGCAAGUUCCAGUGGACGUUCCUCAUCCGUCACCCGCGCCGCUCCAUCCCCUCGUACUACCGCUGCACCGUCCCGCCUCUGGAUGAGGUGACGGGCUUCAGCAACUUCUCCGCCAGCGAGGCCGGCUACGACGAGCUGCGCCGUCUCUUCGACUUCCUCAUCCGCGAGCGCGUCGUCGACGAGAAGGACCUCAUGGUCAUCGACGCCGACGACCUGCUCGACGACCCGGAGGGCAUCAUCAAGGCCUACUGCGCCCACGUCGGCCUCGACUUCACCGACAGCAUGCUCAACUGGAGCGACGAGGACACCAAGCUCGCCCAGGAAAAGUUUGCCAAGUGGAACGGCUUCCACAACGACGCGCUAUGCAGCACCUCGCUGAAGGCGCGCGACCAGGCGCAUGUCAUCACCCGUGAGUCCGAAGAGGCCGAAUGGUUGAAGAAGUACGGCGAGAAGGGUCUCAAGGAGAUCCGCGAGUGCGUCGACGCCAACGUCAAGGACUACGAGUACCUCAAGAAGUUCGCCAUUAGAGUCUAA